CCACAAACCAAUCAAGAAAAAGGAAAAUGGCCAUGGCCAAGAGCCCGAAAUUGCAUAUAGCCAUGUUCCCAUGGUUUGCUUUCGGCCAUAUGAUUCCUUACCUCAAUCUCUCCAACGAGCUUGCUGGAAGAGGCCACAAGAUCACCUUCAUUUUGCCCAGAAAGGCUCAAUCUAAGCUACAACACUUGAAUUUUCAUCCGGCUCUCAUCACUUUCCAUCCCCUCAUCGUCCCUCAUGUCGAUGGCCUUCCUCCGGGGACUGAAACUGCCUCUGAUAUCCCCGUUUCCUUGACUUGCCUUCUCGCCACUGCCCUGGACCGCACCAGGGACCAAGUUGAAGCAGCUCUACGUACUUUGAAUCCUCAUCUUUUGUUCUACGAUUUUGCCUAUUGGGCACCUGCUUUGGCAUCCCAACUAGGGAUUAAGUCCAUAUACUACAGUGCAGUUUGUGCAGCAGCCAUUGCCCACAUGCCUAUCCCGGCUCAACAAGGUAGCAAAGACUGCGGGCAAUUGACAGAUGUGCCGCCCCCUGGCUACCCCUCCUCAACGGUGGUGCUCCGCCCACAUGAGGCUCGGUUGAUGGACUUCAUGUUUGCACCAUAUGGAGAAGGCAUCACCUUCCAGCAGCGCGUCACCACUGCCCGGGCACGCGGUGAUGCAAUCUCUAUAAGAACAUGUCAAGAAACCGAAGGACCCUUUUGUGACUACAUUGGAAGCCAGUAUGGAAAACCAGUGUUCCUAACUGGCCCCGUACUACCCAAACCUUCAUUGGAGCCAUUGGAGGAUCGGUGGGCGCAGUGGCUGGGUGGGUUCAAGCCUGGUUCAGUUAUAUUCUGUGCAUUUGGAAGCCAAAAUGUCCAUGAAAAGGACCAGUUCCAAGAACUACUCCUGGGGUUAGAGCUAACAGGCCUGCCAUUCUUCGCAGCUGUAAAACCACCGACAGGAGCUGCCACCAUUGAAGAGGCCUUACCGGAGGGGUUCCAAGAGAGGGUUGGAGGGAGGGGAUUGGUUCAUGGAGGGUGGUGGGUGCAGCAGCCGUCAGUACUGAGCCACCCAUCAGUGGGGUGUUUUGUGAGCCACUGUGGCUAUGGAUCAAUGUGGGAGUCCUUGACCAGCGACCCUCAAAUAGUGCUGGUACCGGAACUCCCUGACCAAAUAUUGAACAGCAGGCUAUUGGCUGAAGAGCUUAAAGUUGCAGUGAAGGUUGAGAGGGAAGAAAAUGGGUUGUUUUCAAAGGAAAGCUUGUGCUAUGCCAUUAAAACGGUGAUGGAUGAAAACAGUGAGGUGGGUGGUCUGGUGAAGAAGAACCAUGCUAAGUGGAAGGAGGCCUUGACGAGCCAAAGCUUUUUGAGCAAUUAUGUUGACAAUUUUGUUGGGCAAUUGCAAGGACUUUUGGAUCAUAAAUGAUUUCCCCUGGAGAUGGAAAUGUUUUAGCAUCUAUCAUUUUCUGUAAUGCUGUUUAUCUGGUCAAUGAACGAAAGAGGAGAGAGAUUUAAAAAUGCACACCUGAUACCACCUAAUGAGUAUUGUGCUAAAAUAACUCAUUCAUGUCAAGAAAUAUAAGUUUUAACUCCCUUUCAAAACU